GUGCCCUGCUGACAAUAAGAUUGGAGAAUGGGUGGAGAUAAAUUUUUAUCAGCCCACGUCAGUUUCUGGAAUCAAGUUACAGUCUCCACAAGCAGUUGGCACCAUAGAAGGAAACUUGACAAAAUUCAGUGUCCAUGUUGAACUGAUUUCCUCACAACCAGGAGUUCUUACUAAUAUCACUGAGGUGAUCAAUACAACUCUAAAUGCUGAAACUGAGUUUAAUGUCACCUUUGACAUUGUCACAGUAAGAAGAAUUCGAGUUGUUGUUGAAGAGUUUAACAUUAAACCAUGCUUUCGUAUGGAGAUUCUAGGAUGUGUCCCAACAGAUAAAUUAGCCCCGGUUGGUGUUGGUAAACCAGUGUUGGAUCUAGAAUACAAUUCUGUAGAUAGUAUACAAUUAGUAUGUAAAAUAACAGAUCAACCAUCACUAGGUAUACAAUAUCAGGUAACAUGGUACCGAGAAGAUAUUGCCAUUAAAUCAACACUCUUACCUAGAUCAGUUCAACAAGAAAAACUAGAUGUUACUGUCGACAACUUUAAAAAUCAGAAAACACAUCAAUGUUCAAUCAAGGCCUGUCAUUCUCUAGACUGUGAUAGUGAGGUUUAUAGUGUUAAAGUUGAAAGUGAUUUAUUUUUACCAGGAAUAAAGAUGUUAAAUCCAGGAAAUGUUGAAAUCUGUGAGGGAGAAGUUGGUAAUAUUGAAAUUACGGGAAAUGCACCACCAGCUUUGAUAUGUCUCAUAAACAACCAAAAACCUGACUGCUCCAUUAAUCUUCACACGAUCAUAACAGAUGAUGAACCAGUGCGAUGUACCAAUGAUCGAGUAUUACCUCAGAUAACUGUCCUAACUUCCUCUGACAAACAAGCCCAGUGCAAUACAGUGUUUGAUAAUUCUAACUGGGAUAAAACCAUUCAAAUUCCUAUCAGAGGAAAUGAAGAUUCCCUUCUUGAUGGAACAAGAACAAGUACUAUUACAUUAUCAAUUGUUCCUGAAGGAUGUUUGGAUUGUAUGCUAAAAUCUGUCCAAACUGUCAAAGUUGAAACCUGUGACAAAACUCCAUCGGCAUUCUGUAAAUCACUCAACACUGGUCAUAUAUCAACUUUUGAUCAAUCGUAA